AUGAAAUGCAAUGUGCGUGAGAUUGCUCAAUUGAGCGACAAACCAUGUAUCAUAGAGGGAAGACUAAAUUACAAAAAAGUUGCCAAUGGAAGUUAUCGUAAUCAAGCAGUUUUUAAGGAAAGAUGGUUUCGGCUCAUAAACAAUUAUCUAUUCUACUUUAAAAUAAGUGACAUGGGGAAGUUUGAUACAAAGCAGCCGGCGGGUAUGAUGGUCUUAGAAAAUUCAUCCAUACAAAUGGAGCACGGUCCAAGCAUUUCCUUUUCGUUUUCCAUAUCUUUUAUAGAUGAACCAGAGAAAAGACAUAUUUUUGCCGCUCGAUCUGAAGAUAAUGUUGUACAGUGGGUUCUUAAACUAAGACAAUGUUCAUAUGAGUAUUUAAGAAAUCAGUUGCACACGUUGCAGUCUAAAAUAUUUUCUAUAACGGGCAAGGACCCCUUGCUGAUGGUGCCAAGGAAUGAUGGUGCGUGCUUAUGGGCUCCCUCUGUACCAUUCUCAACCGCCCCUGCCUGUACUAAGAACACUACCUCAUUUAGUUGCCAUUUACAUACAAAUGGUGCAUUUACCCUGGAAAGAAGUAAAUCUGACGUCCAAGCUCAUAUGCACUUAAGAACAGAUUAUUACUCUAGUACGAAAUUUUAUGUAAGUGAAGUAUCAAAGAAAGAAGAAAUUACGGAAACAUCUCAGAGUUACAGUCUGGAGAAAAGUAAAACAUCGACUCAACAUCUUGGGAGUUUGAAUCCAUUAGAUAUAUCUAUUUUUGAUAAUCGGCCGAUGUACUCCCGGGCGGCGCCGAGUCCACCCGUCAGGACAAAACUGUCUCCCAACACUAGAAGGACAGAAAUUAACAAAGAAAUUAAGACAUUCACAGACCUCAGUAAGAAUAUAGGACAAAUGGGUAUUUUAGAUGUAACUCCUGUGCCACCUAGACGAAAAAUAUCUCCUAAACCAGUAAACGAAGCCGGUAAAGAUAAAAAUGAUAAAAGUCUUAAUAAUGACAUGUUGUUAGACUCUAGUGAAGAUCUUAUUAAAUUGUAA